AUGGCCGAGGAACCUUCCAGAUUGGCGUCGCGUCAAGACCUGUUGGUCCAACAGCACUUUAACGCCGAGAAGUUCGACCAUUUCCUCCCGGGUGCGCCACACGAGGGUGACUUCCGUGCAGAAACGCUGAAGCCGGAGUCACGACUAGGCGCCUUUCUCCACGACAUGCAUUCUCACAGGGGCAAGGGAAUGAAGAUCACGGCCACUGAAAUGAUCACUCUUACACUCCUGCUGUCUAAGUCUCGGAAGGCGACCAAAGCGGAGAUAUUCCAACGUGCUACCGAACUACUCAACUUUCAACGAGCAAUGGAGGCUUACUCCAAUGACAUAAUCACGGAGAUGGAUGCGUACUUGCUUGAAGAGCGUUCCCAAUACGAAGUCAAGUUCCCAUCCGAGAGCCAUGAUCAGCUGCGACCAGGGCCAAGCAUCCACGGCAAGAACAACAACAGAACCCUCUGGCCAGUCUGGGCACGCGGAGUUGGCGCUGAGAUGACAGAAGAGGAGAAGGAUCCAGAGGGCGAGACGCGCUACAACUACGAUUAUGGCUCAUUCGAUGUUGAUUGGGCUGAUCAAUUCGACAUUGAGAUGAAUAGUCGCCUAGAGGCAGGAACUGGACCGGCUCACUGUGUCUAUACACUACCCCCGGGCAUGGAGAACGAAGUCUUUGCGUCCUUCCACAAUACACAGCUCAAGCAACCCAACUCGAACCUCGACACACGAUCUUCAGACACCGCACGCGAUUACUUCAGCGCGCUUUCAGCAGAACUCAAGGAAAAAGUCGUUCGACUGGUGCUGAAAUUCCCGACCAAAGUCAGGAUUGCAGCCACCACUUUCACCAAUGAAGACUGGACAGAAGAGCAGGGGGAUCAAUAUCUGAGCCCGUCGGAGAUCAUGCCAUAUUCUACAUACAAGUUCUCGUCACAGGUAAAGGUGCCGAGGUCCAUGGUUCCUUUCAACGCCGCCGCAGUCCCGGGACCUCAUUACUACUGGACAAUGGAGCCUCCUGAAAUUAUGCUAGCACUUUUGGCAGUCAACAAAGAGAUGCACAAAAUUAGCAAACCCGUGUUCUACGGCGAAAACUACUUUGAGAUCAAGGAUGGCAUUUUGGGUCUUCCCUAUCAUAACUUUCAGGAAGGAAGUUCCAUAAAUGGCACCCAGCUAGCGCAUCGCUUCCUUGAGCUCAUGAUUUGGCCGAAGGCGCACGAUGGUACUCCUCGAUACGGUCCCCGCCCGCUGGAGUUGAUGCGCAAGAUCAAUGUUGAUAUGGAGCUUUACCCAAAUGGUUGCGGCGAGAUUCCCGGACAGUACGCAUGGCAUUUCGAGCGCAUAAUCAACACCUUGAUUAUGAUCCCCCGUCUCCAGAAGCUCGUCAUCAACGUCCGCAUGGGGUUGUUGGACGUUCUCGGAAAUAUUUCGCCAAACAAGGAGAAGAUCAACCCGUUCACCAGCCCAGAAGUGUGGCCAGGAUGGCGCAAGCUACCUUGGGCAGCAUCCGCAAUUCCUGUUGAGAACGGAGAAGAUGGAAAGUCAGCGGCCGGACUCAAGGUCUUCGUCCCCGAAAACCGCAAUGUGGAGAAGUGGCUCCAAAACCUCAUCGACAUGCCCGAUGAGGCGCCAGCGAAGAUUAUUUACGUCAUACCCGAGGAUUGGUCUACAGCGGAGUGUCCUUCAGUGCUGAUUACCCAGGGCUUGCAGAAAGCUGAACAGCGCUGGAGGAAGGCCUUCAAAGAUGACAAGGUCAUGGAAGGAGAAGACGAGAGCACUGAGCAUGGAACCGACGGUACUGAAGAAGCUGAGGCUGUGAUCAGCGCGGCAUAG